CAGGCGGCAUGGCCCGGACCACAAGAGGCAGCCGCCGCCUCUCCCGCCCCCUGCUCAGGUCUCUGCAGACACUUGGUCCUCUAGGCUUGGAGCUGCAGCGCCCCUCACCAGCUCAUAGGCCUCCGCCAUGUCGCCUCCUCUGCCCACCCUCUUCCUCCUGGCCCUGAACCUGUGGCCUGCUGGAGCCCUUGAUGCCAAUGACCCCAACACAUGCAGCUUCUGGGAAAGCUUCACCACCACCACCAAGGAGUCCCACUCCCGGCCUUUCAGCCUGCUCCCCUCGGCGCCCUGCGACCGGCCCUGGGAGAGCCCCCACGCCUGCCCGCGGCCCACGGUUGUCUACAGGACUGUGUACCGCCAGGUGGUGAAGACAGACCACCGGAGGCGUUUGCGCUGCUGCCUGGGCUUCUACGAGAGCAGCGGGGUCUGCGUCCCACUUUGUGCCCAGGACUGUGUGCAUGGCCGCUGCGUGGCGCCGGGUCAGUGCCAGUGUGUGCAAGCCUGGCGAGGCAACGACUGCUCCAGUGCGUGUGCCCCAGGAGUGUGGGGGCCACAGUGUGACAAGCUCUGCGGCUGUGGUAACAACAGCUCCUGUGACCCCAAGAGCGGGGCAUGUUCCUGCCCAUCUGGCCUGCAGCCCCCACACUGCCUUCAGCCCUGCUCCCCUGGCCGCUAUGGGCCUGCCUGCCAGUUCAGUUGCCACUGCCACGGGGCACCCUGUGACCCCCAGACUGGAGCCUGCUUCUGCCCCCCAGACAGAACUGGGCCCAGCUGCGAGGUGUCCUGCCUCCAGGGCACUGCUGGCACCUUCUGCCCCAGCACCUCUCCUUGCCACAAUGGCGGUGUCUUCCAGGCCUACCAGGGCUUCUGUAGCUGCCCACCUGGCUGGAUGGGCACCAUCUGCUCCUUGCCCUGUCUGGAGGGCUUCCAUGGACCCAACUGCUCCCAGGAAUGUCACUGCCACAACGGUGGCCUCUGCGACCGGUUCACUGGGCAGUGUCGCUGUGCUCCGGGCUACACCGGGGAUCGGUGCCGUGAGGAGUGCCCCGUGGGCCACUUCGGGCAGGACUGUGCCGAGACGUGCGACUGCACCCCCGGCGCCCGCUGCUUCCCAGCCAACGGCGCGUGUUUGUGCGAACACGGCUUCACCGGCGACCGCUGCGACGAGCGCCUCUGCCCCGACGGCCUCUACGGCCUCAGCUGCCAGGUGCCCUGCACCUGCGACCCGGAGCACAGCCUCAGCUGCCACCCGAUGAGUGGGGAGUGCUCGUGCCAGCCGGGCUGGGCCGGCCUCCACUGCAACGAGAGCUGCCCGCACGACACGCACGGGCCCGGCUGCCAGGAGCACUGCCUCUGCCUGCACGGCGGCCUCUGCCAGCCCGACAGCGGCCUCUGCCGGUGCGCGCCUGGCUACACGGGCCCUCACUGCGCUAGCCUCUGCCCGCCCGACACUUUUGGAGUCAACUGCUCUGGACGCUGUUCCUGCGAGAAUGCCAUUGCCUGCUCGCCCAUCGACGGCUCUUGCGUGUGCAAGGAAGGUUGGCAGCGUGGUAACUGCUCUGUGCCCUGCCCGCCUGGAACCUGGGGCUUUGGUUGCAAUGCCAGCUGCCAGUGUGCCCACGAGGCAGCCUGCAGUCCCCAAACUGGAGCCUGUACCUGCACACCUGGGUGGCACGGGGCCCACUGCCAGCUCCCCUGCCAGAAGGGACAGUUUGGCGAAGGCUGUGCCAGUCGCUGUGACUGUGAGCACUCUGAUGGCUGUGACCCUGUUCAUGGACUCUGCCAGUGCCAGGCCGGCUGGAUGGGUACCCGCUGCCACCUGCCCUGCCCUGAGGGCUUCUGGGGAGCUAACUGUAGCAACACCUGCACCUGCAAGAAUGGAGGCACCUGCAUCCCUGAGAGUGGCAACUGUGUGUGCGCACCGGGAUUCCGAGGCCCCUCCUGCCAGAGGCCCUGUCCUCCUGGCCGCUAUGGCAAACGUUGUGCGCUCUGCAAGUGUGCUAACCACUCCCCCUGCCACCCCUCGGACGGGACCUGCUACUGCCUGGCUGGCUGGACUGGCCGCAACUGCUCCCAGCCGUGUCCUCCGGGACACUGGGGAGCCAACUGCGCCCAGCCCUGCCAGUGUCACCAUGGCGGAACCUGCCACCCCCAGGAUGGGAGCUGUUUUUGCCCCCCAGGCUGGACCGGACACCUCUGCUUGGAAGGCUGUUCUCCAGGGAUGUUCGGUGCCAACUGCUCCCAACCAUGCCAGUGUGGUUUCGGAGAGAAGUGCCACCCGGAAACCGGGGCCUGCGUGUGUCCCCCAGGGCACAGUGGUGCCCCCUGCAGUAUUGGAAACCAGGAGCCCUUCACCAUGAUGCCAACCCCUCCAGUGACCUAUAAUUCUCUGGGAGCGGUCAUCGGCAUCGCAGUGCUGGGGUCCCUGCUCGUGGCCUUGAUGGCACUGGUCAUUGGCUACCGUCACUGGCAAAAGGGCAAGGAGCGCCAGCACCUGGCAGUGGCCUACAGCAGCGGGCGACUGGACAGCUCUGAGUACGUCAUGCCAGACAUCCCUGCCAGCUACAGUCGCUGCUACUCCAACCCCAGCUACCACACCCUGUCACAGUGCUCGCCGAGCCCCCCGCCCCCCAACAAGGUUCCAGGUGGUCAGCUGUUUGCCAGCCUCCAGGCCCCUGAGCGGUUGGGGGGAGUCCAUGGGCGUGAUAAUCACGCCAGCCUGCCUGCCGACCGGAAGCACCGCCGAGAGCCCCCUCUUGGGCGUCCGGACAGGGGUGGCAGCCGCCUGGACAGAAGCUACAGCUGUAGCUAUAGCAACAGCAGUGGGCCAGGCCCCUUCUGCAGUAAAGGACCCAUCUCUGAAGAGGGGCUGGGGGCCAGUGUGGCUUCCCUGAGCAGUGAGAACCCCUACGCCACCAUCCGGGACCUGCCCAGCCUGCUGGGGGGCCUCCGGGAGAGCAGCUAUAUGGAGAUGAAAGGCCCUCCGUCAGGGUCUCCCCCCAGGCAGCCUCCUCAGCUCAGGGACAGCCUGAGGCCGCAGCGAGACAGUGGCACCUACGAGCAGCCCAGCCCUUUGCCCUAUGACCGAGACUCCAUGGACUCCCUGCCGCCCCUGCCGCCAGGCCUGCCCCCCAGCCACUAUGACUCCCCCAAGAACAGCCACAUCCCUGGACACUACGACCUGCCCCCCGUACGGAAUCCCACGUCAUCCCUACUUCGGCGCCAGGACCGUUGAGGGGCCACAAAUGGUGGCCCACCUGUUCUUGCUGCCCGAGGCUGGGGACAGUGCCAGCUGUGCCCUGCCAGGAGCAGGGAAAGGACCGGCCGGCCGAGAACAUGGGCACGUUUAACAGAGGAAGAGAACAGAGAGAUGGGAGCCAGGCUCCCGGUUCCACGUUGGGACACUGGUUGGCAGGAAGCCUGCUUACCCUGUCCCUAACCCACCAUUCUCCAAGGCCCCUGGGCCUGUGUACAUAAACUGGUGGGUGGGGUGUUGCCGGAUGAGUCUGAUUUCAUACUGAUGUCUAAAGUGUAUACUGGGAGCCUUUCCUGUGGACUUCAAGGCUGGGCUCGGUGUGCAUGCGCGUGUGCAUAUGUGUGUGUGCGUGUGCGCAUGUGUGGUUCAGAGGAGCCCAGGCACAGGCCCUCCCCUACGGCCCGCGCUGGUUAGUAGAGAGGCAGCCUAACUCCCUUAACUAGCACUAGUCUCCUAACUUGGUGGUACCUUCCCCAACCCAGCUGGCUAAUGCUGCCCCUGCCUGAAAGCCUUCCUGGGCGCCCCAUUGCUCCUGUGCCAGACUCCGAACUGUCAAAGGUCCUAGUGAAAGCUUCUGCUGGCCCGGCUGUCUCUCAGCCUCACCGGGACUGCGUUGUCCGCUGUCCCUCUGCCCAUCACACUGGCCUCUCAGCCCUCCUAGCAGAGACUUCUUCCUGCCACUGGGACUUUGCACAGCUGGAUUCUUCUUCCUCCCAACUACCUCCGGCUAACUCCUGCUUGUGCCUCACAUCCCGUCCUCUGGGAGGCCGGUCUCUUUCCUGGCACUGAUCACAGCUGCCUUCAUUCCCCAGAUACCUGCAGGCCUGCAGGGUGCCAGAUACCCUGUAAUGUGUUGUUUCUUUAUGUGCUGCUUUGAUUCAUCUCUGCUUCCCCCACCGGACUGUAAGUUCCCUGGAGCCAGGAGUCCUUUGUUUAUGCUCAACAUUGGUUCCCCUUGGCACAGAGUAGGCACUCAAUAAAUGUCCCCAAAAGGC